AAUCCCCUCUGUCUUCAAGCUGGCACCGUUGUCUUCCUCCACUCUCGCGUGGAGAAUUCCCGCCAGCCAUAGCUAUAUCGUCGUCGUCUCCGUAUGAAUUGAGUCAACAUAAGCGAUUUCAAGGUCUCUCCGAUUCUUCUUCCUUCAUGUUCUGACCCCUGGAUAGAGAUAAAACCCGCUGAGGUGCGAGGAAGAUAAUCGCCGGAAGAAAUGGUUCGUCUGACUGGAAACGCUGUCCUCCGGUCGAUUUCCUCCAUUUUUCUGAUUUUGGCGUUGGUUUCUGCUUUUCUGGCGAGUGCCCAGAAGCAGAAAACGGUUUAUGAGGUUUUGAAGGCACAUGGGUUGCCGAUGGGUCUGCUCCCGAAGGGCGUGAAGAAGUUUUACAUGGACGAGACCGGUAGGUUCGAGGCUCAUCUGGAUCAAGCCUGCAAUGCCAAGUUCGAGAGCGAGUUGCACUACGAGAGGAACGUAUCGGGGACACUGAGCGAUGGUCAGAUCGGUGAGUUGUCGGGGAUCUCCGCUCUGGAGUUGUACCUGUGGUUUCCGGUGAAGAAGAUCCGCGUUGACGUACCGAGCUCCGGCCUUAUUUACUUCGACGUUGGUGUCGUACUUAAGCAGUUCUCUCUGUCGUUGUUCGAAACUCCCCGGGAAUGUGUCGCCGGUAGGGAAGCCCGGCCGGAGAAUGAGAUCGGAGACGGCGACGUCUUCAAUGGUGCGGAUUCUGAGCCUUCGAAGCUAAGGUUUCAGCCCGGUCGGGAAAGUUUGUGACGAGUUUCGUGUAGAUUGCCACUGGAGGAGUUCUUUUACCAAGUUGCAAGAUUGUUCGAUAAGCGCUUAAUGGAUUUCUUCCUCGUGCUUCCCCUGUAACUGGUGCCCAGAAGAAUCGGCUUCAAUGGUUCCACUGCAUUGUCCAAGUGUGAUUUUGCAUUUUUGCUCUUUCAUGGUUUCUGUUUCUGUAGAGUUUCAGAGUCAGGUAACUAUGCCAGCCACCGUAAACUAGAUCAAGAAAGGAAUUUUGCCGAGGCGUCGAUGAUUUUGUGUUGGUCAUUGUUGAUCCAAAAGGAAAAGGGGAGAUGGGGUAAAUCUUUGGAUACCUUCAUUGAUGCAAAAUUUAUAGACUUGUCGAAGAAAUGCUGCAACUACACUCGUUUUCUGUAAGCAUAGACAAUAGUUUUGGUGAUAUUAUACGUUGUCUUUAUGAACAGAGAGGCCACUACUGGUCAUGAAAUAAUAAACGUUUGCUUUUCUUUUGAUUUACCA